UGCUGACAUUUCAGAAGCUCAUUUGAAACAGAAAGCGCGCGCCGCAUUUUGGCGUUUGAGCAGCUGCUUCUGUUGAUAGGGGGAGGUCUGCAAACCAAAAUGAUGGGCUAAUCCUCUCGCAUGCGUAAAGGAGAGCUCGAGCCAGGAGGACGGCUCAAAAAGCAACCCGCCAUCUGCUCGACAGACACAGUUUGUUCUGACAGGAACGAGGCACAUUUUACGCACAGCACGUCCGCGGAAUUUCCGCCGGGUCCGAGCGGCUGUCCGUCACUACGGGGUUUUUUUUACGCUCAACCGUUCACUACCUUCAGUUUCACGCUGAUUUCAGCUCGGGACGCACGUUCCCAUCUGCGUAAAGCUGCUGGACUGCUCGCUUCUGUUGCGCGUAAAGCUGGUCAGGUGCGUCAGGACACGCGCUGCUGAAUUUGGUUGUUUAGCCGAAAUUCAAAAAGAAAAGAUGUUAAAUUUCACAUCUUCUGCGGAACGAAACCAAACUUUGGGGACUUGGGUGGACUACAGCCUCCAGUACAAGGUGAUAAGCAGCUUGCUUCUUCUCGUGAUUUGUGCGUUAGGAAUCGUUGGCAACGUUAUGGUCAUCCUGGUGGUGCUCACCACUAAACAUAUGAGGACUCCCACGAACUGCUACCUGGUCAGCUUGGCUGUGGCGGACCUGAUGGUUCUGACAGCGGCUGGUCUGCCCGCCAUCACCGACAGCAUCUUUGGAACCUGGGUGUUCGGCCACUACGGCUGCUUGUGCAUCACCUACUUCCAGUACCUCGGGAUCAACGCCUCCUCCUGCUCCAUCACAGCUUUCACCAUAGAGAGAUACAUCGCCAUCUGCCACCCCAUCAAAGCCCAGUUUCUGUGCACUUUGUCCAGAGCGAAGAAGAUAAUUUUGUUCGUUUGGGCUUUCACCUCCAUGUACUGCGUGAUGUGGUUCUAUCUGUCAGACAUCCAGGACCUGGUGUACGACAACAUCACCAUCACCACCUGCGGCUACAGAGUUCCCCGCAAGUUUUAUUUGCCCAUUUAUUUCUUUGACUUCGGCGUCUUCUUCGUGCUGCCUCUGCUGCUCUCCGCGAUUCUGUACGGACUCAUCGCCCGGAUCCUCUUCCUAAACCCGCUGCCUUCUGACCCCAAAGACAAGAAGAAGAACGGAGUCAACAACCACGCCAUGAACAAGAGCACGAGCUGCAAAAACUCCCGUCACUCCAGCUCCACCGCCACAUCCCGCAGACAGGUGACUAAGAUGCUGGCAGUGGUGGUGAUCCUCUUCGCCAUGCUCUGGAUGCCGUACCGCACUCUGGUGGUGGUGAACUCCUUCCUGGAACGGGCCUAUCUGGACAACUGGUUCUUGCUUUUCUGUAGGAUCUGCAUCUACCUCAACAGUGCCAUCAACCCGGUCAUCUACAACGCCAUGUCUCAGAAGUUUCGCGCCGCUUUCCGUAAGAUCUGCCGCUGUGGAAGGAAGGGUUCAGAUAAGCCCGCCGCCUACAGCGUGGCCCUCACCUACAGCGCCGUCAAGGACACUUCUCUGGUGGAAAGCACUGAUCACCUCACCACUGAGCUGGAGGAGCUGACUGUCACCGACGAGCUGUUGUCGGAGCAGAAGAUGAUGUUCCCAGACCCCUGUGGGUACAGGAAGGUGAACUUUAGUGACGCCUGAAGUUUGUUUGAUGGACACAGUGACAAUUCUGCAGGUCAGUCGAGGCUUAAAGACCUUAAAAGUGUUGCUUAAUGGAGUCUCUUAAGUGGGAAUUCUGUUUCCUGAGUGCCUGCUGACCUUUUCAAAGCCAUGCUGCUGCACCUAACGAUGUAAGCACACAUCAGAGCCAGUGAUGCGUAGUCUUUGAUCCCGGACGUUGUAAAGCACAAACGGCAACAGAUAAGGACUCCCAUCAUGCACCUGUUAUCACAUCUGAAACCAGCCCACAUUAUGUAAGGUGUCUGAGUCAACAGAAUGUGACUGUGCGCAAACACUUUUCCCACUUCAGAGAUAUUGCAACUCACAGCAGCGCAGACUUUCUGAUUCUCAAAGCUAAAAACAUGUUGGUGGCUCCAGAUGGCCUCAAGGGAU